GCAGAGGCAAGAUGACAAGUGGGAGCACGAUCUCUAUGAGGAUGAUGAACCUCAAACUUCAAAUCGCAAAGUUAGUGCUCGAGAUCUUCGCUUGAAGCUUCAAAAGAAAAGUCUACAGCAAAGUGGAAAUGCAUCUUUUUCAGGAAUGCGGGACCUACGUGAAAAGUUAUCUGGCACAAUGAAGCCACAAACUGUGAAUACUGAUCCCCCAAAAAAACAAAAAUUGGAAGUUGCAAAAGCAACCAGAAAAAGUGAUUCUGGUGAAGCUCGUCCUUCAACCACUCAAAAAGUUGCAGCCAGCCCUGCUACCAGGAAAAAGGCUGCUCAGAAGAGCGAUACAUCAAUGGAUGACUUUCUACAGUCCUUGGGCCUUGAAAAAUAUUCUAUUACAUUUCAAGCAGAGGAGGUCGAUAUGACAGCACUUGUACACAUGGGUGAUGAAGAUCUCAAGGCUUUAGGAGUACCAAUGGGGCCAAGAAAGAAGAUCCUUUUGGCAUUGGAAUCAAGAGUAUAAAACAUGGAAAGUGGGUCGAGUAAGUUCCUGUUCGCCUGUGUUUUAUCUUUAUACCCAGCUGUGAGACUACUGUGAACAAAGUAGGCCUGUCUUUUUACCAAUCCAGCCGUUGUAACUCUCGUUUCCUUCUUUCUUCUUUUACUUUCUUCCAUUUUUUUCGCGCUGAUGUUACUGUAAGGAUUGAUGUUAAGGACCUCGGAAAUAUUUAGCUAUGGAUGGAAAUAUGGGAUUUAUUACAAUGGGUAUGGCUUAGCUGUGGUCUCAGCAAAACUCUUUUUAACACUUCCAUGGCUUCCAGCUUUUGUGGUGACUUUCAGUGUUCAAAUGUUCUGCACCUUAAAGGCUUCAACUUACAGAAA